UUACGGUUCACUAAGAAAAACAAUUCUUGGAAUAUUGGUAUUCAAAAAAACCUGAGUGCGAAAGAGUCAUAAAUAUAGUAGCACUUGUACCAUUUAGCCUCGUAGAUGGCUACAGCGCCGGAUCCUGCUCCUGCCAAGCAAAUAGAGGAACUUCUGACGUGCUGCAUUUGUACAGAAACUUUGGAUGAACCGAAGACGCUUCCCUGCUUCCAUUCGUUCUGUAAGAGAUGUCUCGCGAGAUGUAUUGAAGUUCAACGCGAAAAUGCCCAAAAGGAACGAAGGGUCCAGCAUCAGUUAAACUGUCCAAUGUGCAGAACACAGUUUGAAAUGAAACAGGGCGAAAGCGUUGAACAAAUUCCGCCGAAUUAUUUCAUAAACAGCUUGUUAGAAAUGCUUCCGGUAUUACAACAACAAAUGCAAAAGCUGCGUUGCGAAUCUUGCAAAAGUCAAGUUCCAGCCACAUGCAGAUGUAUCGAAUGCGAAAGUUAUCUGUGCCAGAACUGCUUGAAAACACACAAUGAUUGGCAAGACUUCGAGCAACAUGUUGUCCUAACGUUGGAGGAAUUGGUAAAACCUGAAAACCAAAGCAAAGCGAAAGGAAAGCCACGUUGUAAGAAGGAAGGACACGAAAAUAAACCUCUCGAGUUUUAUUGCAAUAUCUGCCAGGAACUGGCUUGUAUAAGUUGCGUUGUCUUAAACCAUUCCAAAGCUAACCAUGACAAUCAACCUAUUGCUACUGUAGCCGAGCAGUACAAGAAAGCUUUGAAGACGACUUCCGACCAAAUGCAGGCAGCUUCUACAGAGGUUAAAAUUGCCUUAAAGAAAAUAAAUCAGGCUACUCAAAGUCUAGAUGCCAGCACCGAAAUAGCGAAAGGUUCGAUCCGCCAACAAGAAGAAGAAAUCUUGCAAGAUUUCACAGAUAAAUUAAGACGUAACACAGCAGAAUUGCUUAGCUGCGUUGACAGAGCGCGCAACAUGGUCAACGAACAACUGGUGAAACAACAUAACGAGAUGAAAGCGUAUCAUGAGAAGGUCAAUGGUUCACUGAAUUUUGCAAAUAAUAUCGUUGAAAAAGCAAGCAAUGAUGAAAUCAUCUUGAAUAGCCAAGAAAUUCAGGCUAACGCCAAAGACAUCAAGAAGGAAUGUCCAAAGAUGAUGGAACCAAUUCAUGAUGGAAGCAUUACUUACCGGGCAAAAUCACCCGAAACUAUUGUUGCCAAUAUAAACCUGAAUGACUUGGGAAAUGUGGAAAAUGGUGCAGACUCUUUGAGAAGACUCUAUUCUGCGGGGAGAAUGGGUAAAGAGCCACAAUAUUUCAAGAAAAAAGAGCCGCAGAUUCCUAAGCCGGAGGAAUCAGAAAUCAGUGGGUUUUUAAAGACACGUGCGGGUAGGAAUUGGCGUAAACGAUGGUAUGUGCUGAAAGACAAGGUUCUUUACAUUUCGAAAUCAUGUUCGGAUCCUGUCGAAGAAUGUCGUCCGUUACUUGGGUAUGAAGUACAAGGACCUGACGUUAUGGAUGGAAAUAACAAAAUAGUUUUUCAAUUAACUCAUGCAGGUGUCAAAUCUGUCGAUUUAAAAACUGAUGAUGUGAAAAAUGCACAGAGUAACCAUUGGGAAGAAACACGAUUGCUUGACGUGUCGGAAGAGUCUCCCAAGACGAUGUUUCGAGAUUGUUUAUGUAGUUUAUAAUAUGUCACAGCGUACAAAAAUGCCGUGAGUAAAACUAUUGCCAACCCGAAAUAGUUAGCGAAGUACUUAUCGUGUCUUUCACUGCCAAAAACGACCCUUUUUCCAGGAUAGACCAAGCUUAUAAACCAGAUAAAAAUUAUCCACACACUCAUGAUGCUCCCUUUCAUCCAGCAACGGUGUUUAAAUGGAUACACGACCAUGAUAAAACGAUCUACGGAUAACGAGACGAUACUUGCAAAGGAUACCGAUGGAAAUAAUCGUAAUAAAAACUCGUCAAUUUCAUACCAAACACCAUCGUUCACAAUUAUGAAGCUCUCGAGUGUAGCAAGCGAACACGCAAGAAAAUCAGAAACGGCUAGAUUCACAACAAGACAUGUUCCAGUAUUUCUGAAACAUUUUAACGGAUCUUUGAACAUAGCGAUCAAUAAAAGUAUGUGCAGAAUUAUUCCAAGAGGACUGAUAAAACAUUUGCCAAUGUAUAUAUUUAACGCCAUGUCGGCAAAAGUAUUAUUUCGAUGUUUACAUCCGUGACUAUGACUGAUAUAUCUCGUUAUUAAAAUAGUAAUUAGGAAUGUUUAUGAAAAUGAUU